AUGUCUUCUCACGAGACUCUCAGGACCAAGAGGUUCCUGGUCAAAAAACAAAAGCUGAACUGGCCCAUUACCAGAUGGAUUAGGAUGAAAACUGGUAAUAAAGUCAAAUACCAUUCCAAGAGGAGACAUUGGAGAAGCACCCAACUGGGUCUAUAA